AAAUGUCAGGAAUUGUGAAAAACUGAGUUGAAAUGUAUUUGGCUAAGGUGUAUGUAAACUUCUGACUUCAACUGUAUCUGCGGCAUUUUCAAAGUAGCCUUUUCCUGAUAGAUUAUUUUUGACGAAUGCCUUUCACCUGUCUCAUUGCAUACUUCUAGUAGGCUACUAUCUCGAUUUGAGUAUGUGUUGUAUUUUGAUUUUACAAUACCUGUCUUUAUCCUCCUCUCUCCAACCCUCCUUGACCUCCUCUGUUAACUGGAGCCCCAUCUGUCAAGUAUUAAUAGAUGGAAUUAAAUGUUGGUGAAUGUCAUUGUUAUGACUUUAAUUCCAAAACCAUUUCCCUCUCCACAUUGUCAGGCUAAAGGGUGACAUAUUUCAUUAGCCCGUAAGUAUCAGAUCUCUGACUCUCAAACCAAUUUGAUUAAUCUGUCAUAUUUCUAUAAUCUCCUCCCCUGCAUUCAUACACAGGACCAUCACGCACUCUCUUAGAUUAAAUGGGAAAUGAUCCAAAUUGCCAGCUUGGCAAGCUCCCAUGACCAUAAUAAAAAUAAAACCCAAUAAAAUAGUAAUUCUUAUCACUCAAUAAAUCAAAAUGUCAACUAUUCUUCCCUUAUUCAACACAUACACACACACACACAAAAGGAGAAACAGGAGAAAGAACUGACAAAUUUGAUGAAUUAUUCUGUCAGAUGACAAAUACUUUGCCAUGCAACUGGGGGACAACUGAAACUGUGGAUCUUAGUCAGUCAUAAGCCUAGUUUAAAUUAAUAUGUCAUGAUGGACAUAACUUAAGUGGAAAAUAAUUAAAUAAAGGAGUCAUAAUACAAUUGAUAUCCAUGGACAUAUGGUUCAUAUGCUGCUAUAUGGAUUAUAGUUCAUAACCUUUACUUGUGUCUGUGGGAGGGGAGCUGGAUUGAUAGAAAGUUAUUUCUGAGAGACUAGAGAAACUGAAUAUAUUUUUGUAGUUUUGUCACCUAAUUAUCCUUAGGUAAUAUCCAAGAUAUAUUUAACUGAUGCUUCAAUUCCUUUGUGUUGACUUUGAGGAUAUUGACUAAAGGACAAUUUAAGGAAUUUAAAAAGAACGGGGGCAUUCUUAUCCAACAACGGUGGAAUUGAAAACUUAGUUGGAAGUACCUGAAAUACGUGGAAAGGUAAGACUGAGCGGAAACAACUAGGUUUUAAUAGUAAUUUGGCAAGAAUAUUGAUGAUUGACAUGGUAAGAUUACCAGGUGCUGCAAUAUCUUCAAAAAUUCUAGUGUUUCUAGAUAAGUUUUUCCACCAGGUUUCCAUUGUCUUAUCAUAUUAUCUUCAAUGGAAACCCCAUAGAGAAAUGUCAAUAUAUUGUCAACCAUUAUCACAGAGGAAGAUUUGUGUUCAUGUUUACAUGUGAACUGUGAAGAGUAUGAAUGUCUUCUGUGAAUCUCUUAGCAUUCCGCAGGCAUAUCAACUCCGCCUCAGAUUUCUUUUACAAUAGAGUUUGUGUUUUUAUAUGCUUCCCUCUUACACAUUUUUACUGUUUUCACUCCGACUGGCUGCAUUAACUCACUUUUGUCUCUUUCCAAACCCCAUAAAAUAUUUCAAUAUGUAUCAAUCCCUAGAUGGAGCCCUCUCCCUCUAUGAACUUGACAAUGCAGAAUGAGGAGGAUCAACAUCCCCUCCUUCAAUCAAAAGUGGUCCCUCUCCCUUCUGUUUUUGGCAACCAGUGCAGAAGGAACCACUCAUGUCAAAGAGGGGAAGAUCACUCAGUGUGGCUCGAUGGAACCCAGUCACCACCCACCCUCCAAUAUUACAAUGGCUGCCAAUAUGUCCCACCCUCACCCCGAAGGGGAGACGAUAAGGAAAAGGUUAGGGGGAAGGAGGUGCGCAAGGAAAAGAGAGGCGAGAAGCCAGCAGGAAAUGAACAGAAUGCUGGGCACAAGGAACAGAUUUGGGGUAGUAAAGCCAAAAAGGCAAGCCCACAGAGGCGCCAGCAGGACAUGAAAUCCACUCAGUCACCCUACAACAGAGUCCGCAUGUCUCGUAUGGACUUAAGGGAGACAGAAAGUGGGCCUCCCAGUGAAGGAGGUCAAAGGCUAGAGCCCACAUCAAUGGAGAUGCAAGUCCGCCAGAGUCUACCUGAGAUUAUCAUUACAACCAAAGACGACUACCAGCCAAAGGACUCCAAUCAAACAUCCAGCUCUGACAAGAAUCACACCAAAUCUGAGGCCAAGAGCACCUAUGGUGGAGGUGAGGAGAGCAGUGGUGCAGAGCCCAAGGAUGGUCCCCGUGACUGCCCUCACAAGAAGACCCAGAGCAUCGGUCAUAGGCUGGUCCGGCGAAGGGCGUUGUUUGAGAGGAGGCAGAGGCUGAAUGACUGUGCGCUCGCUGUGGGGAUGUUUGGAGUGGUGGUCAUGGUCACCGAGACAGAGCUCUCCUGGAGCGUCUACAGUAAGAGCUCCAUAUACUCCGUGGCUAUGAAGUCUAUUAUCAGCCUGUCUUCUCUUAUCCUGCUGGGCCUGAUCAUUGCCUACCACAUCUGUGAGGUGCAGCUCUACAUCCACGAUAACGGAGCAGAGGACUGGCGAAUCGCCAUGACAAUGGAACGAGUGACUCUGAUCGCCCUGGAGCUGUUUGUAGCGGUGGUGCAUCCGUUCCCGGUGGGUCUCCCAUUGUCGUGGCAAGCCAUGUCCCCCACGCUGUCAGAGACGGAGCUGGAGAUUGUGCUGGCUCUGCCCAUGUUCCUGCGACUCUACCUCCUGGGUCGUGCCUUGAUGCUGCACAGCCGACUCUACACAGACACGGCCUCGCGCAGCAUUGGCGCCCUCAACAAGAUCCACUUCAACAGCCGUUUUGUGGUCAAAGCGCUGAUGACCAUCUACCCUGGCACUGUGUUGAUGAUCUUCAGCGUCUCUCUGUGGCUCAUCGCUGCAUGGGGCCUUCAUGUCUGUGAGAGACACCACAACUAUAAGGACCUGAGCAGUAACUACAUGGAGGCCCUGUGGAUGGUCUCGGUCACCUUCUUGUCCAUUGGUUAUGGGGAUGUUGUUCCCCACACCUACUGUGGCCGCAGCAUCUGUCUACUCACUGGGAUCAUGGGGGCUGGUUGCACAGUGCUGGUGGUUGCCGUGGUUGCCAGGAAACUGGAGCUGACCAGGGCAGAGAAACACGUCCACAACUUCAUGAUGGAUUCCCACUUUACAAAAGGGAUAAAAAUUGCUGCAGCAAAUGUACUGAGAGAGACCUGGAUGAUCUACAAACACACCAAGCUGGCCAGGGAGAGAGACCACUGCAGAGUGCGCAUGCACCAGAGGAAGCUGCUGCUCGCAAUCCACCGGCUGCGUGAUGUGAAGAUGGAAAGGAGGAAAUUGGCUGACCAGGCCAACACGCUGGUGGAUCUCUGCAAGAUGCAGAAUCUGAUGUAUGACGUGCUGUCAGAGGUGAGUGGAUGCCGAGGGGACCUGGAAAAACACACAAACAGUCUGCAGCAGAAUGUGGAGGAGCUGAGAGAAGGCUUUAGGACCCUAAUGCCCCUCCUCUCUAGCACCCUCGCCACACAAAAUGCUUCCAUCCGCCACCUGCUCAGGGAGAGGGAGGAGCAGGCAGUGACAUGGAGCAUGGCAGGACAGGAUAGGUAAGAUGGCAAGAGGUAUGCAAUGUGUAUUGUCACAGGGAAAGGUAGAAAGAAAUUGAUGGGCAAAAGUUGGGACGAGGAUCUUCAAAAGAUACUUUAUAGGAAUAACUGUUCAAAGUGUACGUAAAGAAUGUGUCAAAGCAAUAAGGGAUGGAUUAUAUUUUUAUUAGAAUUACAAUGAACCAACAUCCAGACUUAUAUGCAGUACUGAUAAGUGACCCAUACUGGCCCCAAAAAAACCUUGGUGAUACUAGUCUUGAUUUUAACAUUCUCAGAAUUAAACAAAAAAUGUGUUGUUAACCAGCAUGUGCACUGAAUGUUCUUGAAAAAACAAACUCGCUUUACUGGAACAGGCUAUGAACACAUGCCAGUGGUUGAGUUCCUGCCCAACUACAUGCGCAGGUGUUGCGUGCCACGUAAUAGUUGGGAAUCAGAUUGCUUAAUCAUGUGUUCAGCAGAUAUCUUAAAUACGGAUCCCGGCGUUGUAAUUUCUGCAAUGAAGUCAGGCAACUGUGCUAUAGAACAGUGUUUCCAUGCCAUCAUAGGCAAAUAUGGAAAAGGGAACAAAAGAUCAAACCACCCCAAUUCUUUAGCCAAAACAAUAUUUUAUUAAGAGACUGGUUGGAGGGUUGAGUUACAGCAACAAAGUGGACUAUCACAGAGUACUCCCAUCUGGCGUCCAGACGUCAUGAGCACUUCUAGAUCAAUCCGCUGUUUCUUGGAUGCAGGGACUGCUGUGUCAAGGCUGGAGUCGCUGAAAUCAACCUGUCCAACCCCUCUCCCAUAUCUCUACCAGGGCAUCGGGAGUACAACUAAUGCUGCUUCCUCCUGAA